UAAAGAUAAAGAUAAAGAUAAAAAGAUAGCAAAAUGGUGAAGAAAAGUGACAACCAGUCCUGUUCAAUUGAGAGUAAACAAAAGUGAUCAAAAGAGAGAGAUUCACUGAAUCCAUUGAUUGAUUUUCAGUGAAUUUGCAUUAAAGAAGAAAAUCAUCCAAAUGCAUACUCUGGGGAGGAUUUCAACUUUGAGAUUACUGAUCUCCAUCAUUAUCAUGGGGUCUGAGCGAGUAAGUGCAUCAAGCAACUCAAUACAGCAACUGGCUUCAUCUAGAAACUGGAACUCUUCACUGGAACCUCCUGUAGAAGUUGAUAUUUCCCUGCCUGUACUGGUGGAUACAAAGGCUGUGCUCUCUUGCUCUCCUAUCCUGUUGACAAAUGUGAUCAUAACAACAUGGGAAAUAUUCCUCGGAGACAAGCCGCCCUGCAUCAGAACCCAACGGAGAGACACAAAUAGGAUCUCAAAAACAAACUGCACUGACAAGAGAAUGACCUGGCUCAACAGACCCGACCAGAUUCCUGCCCUUCAGAUUGACCCAGUGGCCAUCACUCAUGAAGGGCAUUACAGGUGUAUAGUGGCAGCACAUGAUGGGAAUUUCUUUUAUGAAUAUCAACUCCAAGUGUUAGUGGCCCCUGAGGUGACCCUGUUUCAAAGCGAGAAUAGAACUGCGGUGUGCAAGGCAGUUGCAGGGAGGCCGGCUGCCCGGAUCUCCUGGACCCCAGGGGGAGAUUGCGUCCCCGCGUAUGAAUAUUGGAGCAAUGGCACAGUGACUGUCCAGAGCACGUGCCACUGGGCAGAUGGCAAUGUGUCUAUUGUGUCCUGCUCUGUCUUCCAUGAGACUGGCAAUUGGAGUCGGUCCAUAGAGCUGAAUCCAGGUGUGAGAACCCUGGCAUUUCCAGUGUCACACUUACUGAUCAUACUCUAUCUGAAAUCCUCUAUUUUCUUGGUUAUCCUGAUCAUCGUGGGUAUCAUCUACUUCCAGAGGAUAAAUGAUUGCAGAGCACGAGAAUAAAAAAUCUGGACGUCAAUUUAAAUUUGAUGAGAUAUCAUAAAAAUGCAGCCAGUUGAAAUCAGCCUUCAAGUUCAACAUCUAGCUCAACUGCUCCUGUUACUCUUUGAUACCUUUGUGUUUAUGAGAACCAAUGUAAUAAUUUUCAAGGCCUGUUUCAAACUAUAUAUAUGCAAAACCUUGCUGUCUGCCAUUAUAAAUGUCUAGGAUGACUCAUCUACUUUCACCUUUGCUCUGGUUAGUUUUAUUUGAAAAUGAGAAAGUACCCUGCUUCUCACCCUAAAGAGGAAGAUGACUCAGCAAAAGCCUACAACAAUUCUGUGCAGUUUUCUGCAACCCUUGGGUUCUUUAGACAGUGCUUUCAUCCUAGCGCAGCGAUUUCCCAGUGUGCAGUAAGAAUUUUUAAAACAUGCCUACUUGACUAUUUACUCAGGGGCACUGACUUCUUUUCCCUUAGACUGUCAAAUAAAAAAAUGAC